AUGGCAGAUCUUUUGAAUGUAGCUACGGCGAUGUCGCUUUCUGGACGAGUAGGCCUCGUUACAGGCGGAGGGACUGGCAUAGGAUUUAUGAUUGCCAAAGCCUUCGCUGCCAACGGUGCAAAAGUAUACAUCACUGGCCGAAGGCUGGAAGUGUUGGAGAGAGCAGCCGCAUCUGUAAUUCAGGCUGGCGUCUCAGGAUCUAUUGUCCCACUCCGGAUGAAUGUGAUAGAUGAAGAAAGUGUCAAGGCUGGCGCACAAUACAUUGAAGGAAUCGACGGCAAGCUCGAUAUCCUCGUUAACAAUGCCGUGUUCAGUUCCUCCCGCGAUCCAGACUUCGAUGCGAAGAAGCUCGCAGCAUCAGAUCCAUUUGAACCAGAGACAGUACAGAAUUGGAUGGACAUCUUCGCCCUAAACACCAUCGCGCCGUUCUUUGUCGUCCGUGCCUUCCAGUCCCUCCUCAUCAAAGGAGCACAUUCUCGCCCUCAAGGGAAAUCGAGCGUCAUCAACAUUAGCAGCCCGGCGGCAAAGAUAAGCCCACCAAUGAAGGUGGGCUGCUUGGCGUACGGCGCGACGAAAGCAGCCUUGGAAAAGCUCACCCUCGUUUUGGGGACGAGCUUUGCUGGGAGAGGUAUCCCUAUUCGGGUGAACGCGCUCGAGCCCGGCUUGUUUCUGUCGGAAAUGAUUACUCCUGAGGUUAUGAGUAUGUUCAAUGCGGAGCCAUUGCCUGGAUCUGGGGCUUCCAUACUCAUGGGGAGACCAGGGACUGAUGCGGAGAUGGGAAUGGCGGCGAUCUAUUCAGCGGUAUCUGACUAUACGAACGGAGCGAUUUUGAGUGUUGAUGGUGGGAUAGCAUUGGUUAAUCCUUGA